AUGUCUCAUUCCGCCGUCUCCGACGAGAGACGCUCCAACGAAAGGCGCUUUGACGACGAGAAGCGCGACUACGAGAAGCGCGAGUCGUCUGCACCGGCUUCCUCUUCGCCCGACCUUACAGAGGCGGAGGUCAACUCCCACCUUCCGCACUUCCGUGGCCGCACUCUUACCGCCCUCAUCUCUUUCAUCGCGGGCACUGGGUUUACGCUUUUUGGCUAUGACCAGGGUGUCAUGAGCGCCUUGCUUACGGCAAACCAGUUCGAGAAGACGUUCCCGCAAGUCGUCGAGAGCGCCGCUCAUCCCAAUCACGCAACAUUACAAAGCUUUGUAACAGCUAUCUAUGAAGUUGGAUGUCUGUUUGGCGCCCUCUCCAAUCUCUGGGUGGGCGAUUUACUCGGCCGAAGAAAGACAAUAGCCAUAGGCGGUAUUAUUAUGAUCGUCGGCGCUAUCCUACAAACCACCUCCUUCAGCUAUGCUCAACUCGUGGUUGCUCGCAUCAUAACCGGCUUCGGUAACGGCCUCAACACGUCUACGGUACCAGCUUAUCACGCUGAAUGCUCGUCCGCGGAGAAGCGUGGUAGCUACAUCAUGCUGGAGGGUACUUUGAUCGCAUUCGGUAUCAUGGUCUCAUACUGGAUCGACUUCGGCUUCUACUGGAUCAAGGGUUCGUCUGCCCAAUGGCGCGUACCUAUCUCCAUGCAGAUCGUCUUCGCUGUCAUCAUGAUCAUUGGUGUUGUCAUUCUCCCGGAGUCUCCUCGUUGGCUCGCGAAGAAGGGUCGCAAUGCGGAAGCUCUGGCUGUACUCGCCGCCUUGCGCGAUAGGCCGUACACCGACCACGACGUCCAGCAGACUUACCAUGGUAUCCGCGAGGCCGUCUACCUCGAGGAGCAGACGGCUAGCAGCACCGACCUCAAGGUUCUGUUCACGCAUGGUCCCAAGCAGAACUUCCGCCGCGCCGCCCUCGCUGUCACUGUACAGUGCUUCCAGCAAAUCACCGGUAUCAACUUGAUCACCUACUACGCCACCGUACUUUUCGAGCGUCUGGGUCUCUCAGACGUGGAUUCACGCAUCAUCGCCGCCUGCAACGGGACGGAGUACUUCCUCGCGUCCUUCCUCGGCAUCUAUCUCAUCGAUCGCGUCGGCCGUCGCCCCCUCAUACUGACGUGCGCUGCUGGCCAGAGUCUCACGAUGGUGCUCCUUGCCAUCCUUGGUGCCAUCGAUAACAGCGCGACGCAAAUUGUUUCCGCUGUUCUUCUCUUCGUCUUCAACUCGUUCUUCGCCGUCGGUUUCCUGGGGUUGACCUGGUUAUAUGCGGCGGAGGUUGUUGGCCUCAAUAUCCGCGCUCCUGCCAACGCACUCAGCACGGCAUCGAACUGGAUCUUUAACUUUGUCGUGGUCAUGAUUGUGGGACCGUCGUUCCAGAACAUCAAUUGGGGGACCUACAUCGUCUUCGCGAGCUUGAAUGCUCUCAUCUUCCCUGUCAGCUGGUACUUCUUUGUCGAGACCCGCGGUCGCAGCCUAGAAGACAUGGACAUCAUCUUUGCUGUCGGUUACCGUGAAGGUGUCUCGCCUGUGAAGGUCGCCGCGCGUCGCGAUCUCCCGUUGGCGGGUACUCCUGAAGCGGACGAAGUUCUCGGUAUCUCCGUGGCUCAUCGCGAGAAGAUCCGCGAGGCGCGCGUAGGGAGGACGUCGUCGGAUGGCGCGUCCAGCGACUCUGGUCCUACUGCCACCAGCGUGUAA